AUGUCAGAGCACACCUCUUCAAGCUCUGGCACCACACGUAUACACACCCAGCGGGACACACACACACACACACACACACACACAGUCAGUCACUACCCUCCCUGUACCCUGUCCUAUGUCAGUCACUACCCUCCCUGUACCCUGUCCUAUGUCAGUCACUACCCUCCCUGUACCCUGUCCUAUGUCAGUCACUACCCUCCCUGUACCCUGUCCUAUGUCAGUCACUACCCUCCCUGUACCCUGUCCUAUGUCAGUCACUACCCUCCCUGUACCCUGUCCUAUGUCAGAGCACACCUCUUCAAGCUCUGGUACCACACGCUGCAGAUCCACAAGGACCUGAGAGAGGAGCUGGCCAAGGUGAAGAACCUGCAGGGGCUGACAGAGGUCAGCAGACAACUCAGACUACGCUGCCAGGAGGAGAUAACCAAUGGAGGAGAGGAGGCGGGGCAGGUGGUUGGGCUGCCAUUCCCUCAUUGGAUCUGCCAGCCGUACGUCAGACCAGUGCCGAAGGCUCCGGUUGCUAACAGCAACGGUACGGAGGUGAAGGCAGUGUGUCACAAGAGGGCGUUGUCACAAGAGGACUCGGACGGGGCGUGCGAUGCCCUCUCCAAAAACAAACAGAAGAAGAAAGCCAGAAACCCCCACAAGAACUUCUGUCCCGAGCAGAAACCAAAGUACAUCAAGUGUGAGCAGUGUGGAAAUCCAAAGGGUAAUCAUUGUGUAUUCAAUCUGUGUCGAGGCUGCUGUAAAAAGAAGUCCCACAAGGAGGUGGCAGACUGCCCAAGUCACGGGCUGAGGUUCAAGACCAAGGCAGAGAAACAGAAGUCAGAGCGGCAGGAGGAGGAGGAGGAGGGAAAGAGCAGAGGAUUACAGCAGGAAGAGGAUGGAGGAUUGUUGAACGGGACCCCCAGCCCCCCAACAGACCCCCCACAGAGGACAGACUGUGGUCUGAGACAUGGACUAACAGGGACAUAGACAUCCAUUCAUAAGUAGAGCAGUACACACACACAGCAGGAUGUGGAAAACUUUAUCCAUCAACAGUAUACAGACACAAGAACGUAUUGUAAGGAACACACACGUGCAUCCAUACUGUCUCACCACUGUCCUCCAUUGCUGCUGUGCUGAACUGGCUUUGAUGGGGUUUCACCACUACGCCCUCCUCCUACCUGACUGACUGGGGAGGCUUCCUGGACUGAUGUAAUGGAUAGACUCCUCCUACCUGACUGAUGUAAUGGAUAGACUCCUCCUCCUACCUGUCUGAUGUAAUGGAUAGACUCUUCCUACCUGACUGAUGUAAUGGAUAGACUCCUCCUCCUACCUGUCUGAUGUAAUGAAUAGACUCCUCCUCCUACCUGUCUGAUGUAAUGGAUAGACUCCUCCUACCUGACUGAUGUAAUGGGUAGACUCCUCCUACCUGACUGAUGUAAUGAAUAGACUCCUCCUCCUACCUGACUGAUGUAUUGAAUAGACUCCUCCUACCUGACUGUUGUAAUGGAUAGACUCCUCCUCCUACCUGACUGAUGUAAUGGGUAGACUCCUCCUACCUGACUGAUGUAAUGGAUAGACUCCUCCUCCUACCUGACUGAUGUAGUGGGUAGACUCCUCCUACCUGACUGAUGUAAUGGAUAGACUCCUCCUACCUGACUGAUGUAAUGGAUAGACUCCUCCUACCUGACUGACUGGGGGAGUCUUCCUGGACUGAUUUCUCUCUUGGACUUUAGCAUAACAAGACAAAGUUUGAAGUCAACGGGAGAUUCACCCCAAAAAGCCCAGUUCCAUGUGGGUCGUUCUCGUUGGUCUGCAGCCGUUUCUGGAAGGAGGAAGAGCUCAUGGAGUCGUAACAGUACUUUCCCAGUACUGCUCAAUCUCUGCAUCUAUUUGUCCUUUUGGUUGUGGGCAAUAAUGGGACUAUUUCCUGGUGAUCUUUGUCAUGUUUUUUUCCCCCUCUGAACUAGUAGGAUAUUUUAUCACCUGACUGUUAGAAUGGUGACAGUCUGUUUUCCUUUUCAUAUCAUUUUUCAUCAAGCUCCUCGUCUUAAUGUGUGCCUGUGUGAUGUGUAGGGCUUGGAGUUUGUUUUUUCUAGGCCCGUCUCCAGAAAGUAUUUUAGGGUAGGGAUGCUGAUCUGAGAUCUGUUCAAUAUAUUAUUCAUCAUUGUUGGGGCGGCAGGUAGCCUAGUGGUUAGAGGGGCGGCAGGUAGCCUAGUGGUUAGAGGGGCGGCAGGUAGCCUAGUGGUUAGAGGGGCGGCAGGUAGCCUAGUGGUAAGAGGGGCGGCAGGUAGCCUAGUGGUUAGAGGGGCUGCAGGUAGCCUAGUGGUUAGAGCAGGUAGCCUAGUGGUUUAGAGGGGCGGCAGGUAGCCUAGUGGUUAGAGGGGCGGCAGGUAGCCUAGUGGUUUAGAGGGGCGGCAGGUAGCCUAGUGGUUAGAGGGGCGGCAGGUAGCCUAGUGGUUAGAGGGGCGGCAGGUAGCCUAGUGGUUAGAGGGGCGGCAGGUAGCCUAGUGGUUAGAGGGGCGGCAGGUAGCCUAGUGGUUAGAGGGGCGGCAGGUAGCCUAGUGGUUAGAGGGGCGGCAGGUAGCCUAGUGGUUAGAGGGGCGGCAGGUAGCCUAGUGGUUAGAGGGGCGGCAGGUAGCCUAGUGGUUAGAGGGGCGGCAGGUAGCCUAGGGGUUAGAGGGGCGGCAGGUAGCCUAGGGGGUUAGAGGGGCGGCAGGUAGCCUAGUGGUUAGAGGGGCGGCAGGUAGCCUAGUGGUUAGAGGGGCGGCAGGUAGCCUAGUGGUUAGAGGGGCGGCAGGUAGCCUAGUGGUUAGAGGGGCGGCAGGUAGCCUAGUGGUUAGAGGGGCGGCAGGUAGCCUAGUGGUUAGAGGGGCGGCAGGUAGCCUAGUGGUUAGAGGGGCGGCAGGUAGCCUAGUGGUUAGAGGGGGCGGCAGGUAGCCUAGUGGUUAGAGGGGCGGCAGGUAGCCUAGUGGUUAGAGGGGCGGCAGGUAGCCUAGUGGUUAGAGGGGCGGUAGGUAGCCUAGUGGUUAGAGGGGCGGCAGGAAGCCUAGUGGUUAGAGGGGCGGCAGGAAGCCUAGUGGUUAGAGGGGCGGCAGGAAGCCUAGUGGUUAGAGGGGCAGCAGGGUAGCCUAGUGGUUAGAGUGUUGGGCCAGUAACCAAAAGGUUGCUCGAUCGAAUCCCUGAGCUGACAAGGUAAAAAUCUGUCGUUCUGCCCCUAGACAAGGCAGUUAACCCGCUGUUCCUAAGGCCGUCAUGGUAAAUAAGAAUUUGUUCUUAACUGACUUGUCUAGUUAAAUAAAAUAAAAAUGAUCUGAGAUCUGGCUAUAUAGGUCUUAUUCAAUAUGAUCUGAAGGGCUAAACUGAUCCUAGAUCUGCACUCCUACUCUGAGACGCUUGGUGGAUACGGGCCCUGGUCUGGCCAUGUGGUAAAACUCCUGGUCAUUCUGAUGGUGCAUUCAUGACAAGUCGGAAACUUUAAACUUCCGAGUUAUUUGCAGAUUCUGAUACUUUCCAAGUGGGGAACCUGGGGCCUCAUCUUUCUUCAAGUUUCCAAGUCGUCUUGAACACACCAGUACUAGGAACAAAACAGGGGGCCUACCUGAAUUUAUCCAAUAGAAACUUGUUUUUCUGGCAAAACAUUAUCCAUUGUGAAAUUGUUUUGCUACGGUUUGCACAAAUGAAUACACCCCAGGUGAGAACUCCAUGCCAAAUCACACGUGGAAACUAUUUCACUUCAAAUAAUAUAUAAAUAAUUUACAGAGUCAUAUUUGAUUUUAAUUUCUAUUUGUGGUGGUUUUAUUUUAUGGUGGUUGGGGGGGGUUGCUUGCAUUGAGUUCAGAGCCUUCUGGUAGACAUAACACCUAUCCAGUCAUAUAUGAACUUGAGGUUAAAUAAAUGGAAGUGACAAGUGAGAAA